AUGUAGUGAUAAGACGUUGCUUUUAGUUUUAUAUAAGAGAUCGUAUAUUUGGUGUGAUAGCAAUUCAACCAAAAAGAAAUUAUUGUGAGAUCACUGUCGAAAAUAUUGUAUGUAAACUUGUCUUGUUGGACUACGAAACUAACUCCACAACAAAAUAUAUUUAAUAAUCUCUUCACUAACUGGUAGGGAAUGCCGAAACUAAAGCAUAUGUUCCAGACUAGACACCAUGCUGAACUGUAUGCCAGGUUUAGACCUCAACCACCAAAAGAGCUGAUUGAUAAAAUCGUCACGUACCUAUCAGAAAAGCUCGAAAGGCCGUUCAACGCCGCAUUGGAUGUUGGUUGUGGAUCUGGGCAGAACACUCGCCUUCUUGCGCCCUUUUUUCUUCACGUGACUGGAACCGACAUCAGCAGCGCUCAGCUUGAAAUUGCUGCCAAGGAUUGUGAUUCUUCAAACAUAAAAUAUCAGAUAGGCUCAGCUGAGAAGAUUGAGCUACCUUCUUCAUCCCUACAACUGGUAACAGCAUGUCAAUGUGCCCAUUUCUUUGACUUACCCAAGUUCUUUGAAGAGGUGGACAGAGUUCUUGUUCCAAAUGGUGUGUUGGCCAUCUAUGGGUGUAAUCUGUCUGCAUGGAAAGAAGGCCGUGAGAAAGAAAUUACUGAAGUUUUCAAAGAAUUUAAUAUUGACCGUCUAGAGAAUUACAGAGAUGAACAGCUCCAACUACUGGACAACUGGUAUCAGGACAUUAUCAUGCCCUACACAGAAAAUGUGAGAAUCUUCCCUAUUAACCUGGUUUUCUCAAGGCCUUUUGGGGAUAUUGUUGGACAAGUAACAUCAUGGUCAGGGGUUCAAAGAAUGUUUCAAGAGGAUCCUCAGAAGGGAGAUGAAUUAAUCAAAGAUUUCAGAUACAAACUUGCCAAUGCUUUGGAGUUAGAUGCACCAACAGAUGAUACCAUUGUCACAUGCAAAGUAAUACACGUAUUGUUAAUGGGACGAAAACCCUCUAGCUUUUAGUUAUUGGAAAAUAAAUAUAUGUGAUUUUAGUCACACA